AUGCAGCCCUAUUCUCUUCAAAUUGAUUUCGCAUCAAGCGAAAUUCUUUUUAAAGAUGAUUUUUCACCAGAUGACCUUAAAAACCUUUCUCCUAUUACGUCGUCGAUUCUUAAGUCAAUUUUGUAUGAUGAAUCAGAAGCAUCGACAACGGAGAGUUCUCCUGUAGUUACCCCUGUAAUCGAUUGUCCGACAAUAGGCAAAAUCGACCUUGCUUUACUGCCAGAGCAGUGUAAGACAAGAGCAGGCAGUAAAAAGUUCCAGCAUAUCAUAUCAUAUUUAUAAAUGAAUUUGAGCAUUUAUUAUGAUCAUAAAUACAAUAAAAUUAUUUUAUUAAUAUAAAUUAUUUAUUUCUAGAAUAAAAUUAAAAAGGAAAUAUGCUACAUUAAAUUACUGUACAAAUAUUUUUUUUAAAAAAUCGGAAAAUUCAGAUAAAAAUCAAUAUAGCUCGGACACGCUAAUAGCAUGUCCUCAGAGUUGGCAUGCAGCAGAAACCAAGCUCGCUGAUUUUCUGCUCCAUUCUGGAGAGACAAGCUAGAUUUUUCAUAACCAAACCAUUGUGGCUGUAUUUGCUUAAUCGAGUUUAGCUCGCCAGAAUGGAACAGAAAAGCUAAAGAGCUUAGUUUUUACUUCAAGUCAACUCUGAGGGCAUGCUAUUAGUGCGUCUGAGCCAUAGCGAAGUGUCGGCCAGAGGACAUUGAAAAAAUAGUAAUCGUAAUGGCACCUCAUAUGGGGGCGCUCAUGACCGAUGUUUAUGGUAAUUAUAUGUGCCAAUCCCUCAUUAAGUCUGCGAACUCAUCACAGAGGUUGAUGUUACUGUCUUCAAUGAGGGGUCAUUUGCUCAGAAUUAGUAAAGAUUCUCAAGGCACUCACUCCUUACAAGGUCUAAUAUGUCUUUCUUCAACGUCUGAAGAAGAGUUAAUAUACAGAGAUAAAUUUUCAGGUCACAUUAUAGAAAUGGCAAUGAAUGUCAAUGCCUCGCAUGUGAUCCAACGUCUAUUAGUCACCCUUAAAGAUACCUCAUUUAUUAUCCGAGAAUUAUUAGGCCACGUCACAGAGUUAGCAAUUGACAAACUCGGCCUAUGUGUUAUUAAAAAGUGCAUUGGAAAUUACGAAGUUUAUAAAGAGCUCCUUUCCAAUGCUCAUAUUCUAGUACAAGAUCCUUACGGAAAUUACGCUAUUCAGCAGACACUUGAUUUGUGGGGAGAAGCCUCGCAUGAAGUGCUUGCUAAUAAAUUUAAAGGAAAAGUUGCACAACUGUGCAUACAGAAGUACGCUUCGAAUGUGAUGGAAAAGUGCAUGCAUUUUGAAUAUUUGAGAGAAGCCUUGGCAGCGUGAAAUAAUAGUGAAAUCGGUGAAGAUGGACUCCGAGACACAUUCUUAUGGAGUAGGCAAGAUCCAUCCAUAUGAAGCUGAAAAUAGUGUCUCUGUCACUUUUUGAAUUAGCCUUCUGUUAGGGAUGACUGCUGAAGAGGGAAGUUUUGUUUCUCCCUAGAUGGGCUAGACAGUUUUGCCUCCGACUUAGUUUUUGCUUAUUGGAGCUAAUCCUUAGGUUAGGUAGUUAAACCAUAUAGACAUGCUAGUGGUCUAUCCGCUUAUAUCCUUUUAACACUUAACUUAACUUGGCAGCGGAGUUGCUGAAUGAAGAAAAAAUGAAAAUGGUUUUAAAUUGUGCCUAUGGGUGCUACGUUGUAAAAUCCGCUGCAGAGUUUGGGUCUCAAAAACUUAAAGAAGGCUUGAGAAAAAUAUUCAAUGUGGUGUCACACCAACUCCACCAGAAGAAGCUGAAAAGCAGAUGGAUAGAAAUCCAAAAUGCCUUAAAAUUUCAGUAG